CAGCACAAUUACAGGCUGUACAAUGGUUCAGCUGCAGUUCCUCAUUUUCCCCUCUCUUUUUCUAUUUGUUUCAGCCACUUGUGGCGGACAAGGAGGAUUGGUCUGUUGUUCGGGAUAUAUCUGGGAUCCACAGCUAAAAAAUUGUACAAAGUGUCCACCCGGCCGUUUUGGCCUGAAUUGUACAGGUAUCUGCCUGUACCCAUCAUACGGUGAGCUGUGCAAGAAACAAUGUACCUGUGUUGAAACAGAGUGUGACAAAUCAAGAGGAUGUAUCAAUACUAAUGAUCAAACCAAGACGACAAUCCCUUCUACUGUUAAAUUCUUCACAUGGAAAUCCGAAUUAAAAAGCACUAAAAUAAAUACUGAUCAAAAUGAAAAAUACACAAACACUCAGUUGAAUGUGCCGAGAAACUGUUUUCAGUGUCAGGAUUUUCAUCAACCGAGAAGGGGCUACGAUGCUUUGCAAAUUGGCGUGUUUUCAACAACAUCCCUGUUGACAGUGGUUAUAGCGGCAUACAUACUGUCAAAAAUUCGAAGAUUUUUUAACACAUCAAAAUGGUCAUAUGACAAAAAAGAUACAGCUGAUGGUGGUAUUGAGGAGCAUUAUGAGGAAUUGGAUGAACAUACCGUCAAACUAAACGAACAACAUCUCUCCGUUGGAAGAGAUGAUGUAAAAAUCACAUUUGACAAAUGUCAGAAACGAUAUUACAUAGAAUUUAAAGGAUUGUCAGAAGCCUGCUCGGAGGGUGAUGCAGGGAUUCAAUGUCCCCUAUGUUCAAUGAAAGAGCUACCUCUGGUUUCAUCAGAAGUAAAGCCAGAAUUAACCACUGAAAAUGACUAUAUUUCACCCAAUCAUCGCUCUGCAAAUGAACAAACUAAUAUCGAGUUUAAAACAAAUACUCAGUCUUUAAAGGAAGAAAAUGGAAAAGAAAAAGCUAGUCUUACAGAAGACAGCAUGUAUCUCACUGCCAUUGGUGAAAAAAAGUAAAUACUUGCAGAAAUGGAACUCUUAGUUGUUUGAAUUACCAUUUUUUUUAAAAAUCUUUAAUAUGUUUUUUUUUUUUUACUUUAUAAAGGAAAAGCACAUUACUGUCUCAUCACAUACUAAAUUAUA